AUAAUAAUAAUAAUAAUAGUAAUAAUAAUAAUAACAGUAAUAAUAAUAAAAAGAGAAGGAAGGAUAAAAGUAGCAACACGAGAGGCAUCGUUGUGUCACGUUUGUGGAAUACGUUGUGCAACGAAAUAUGGAUUGGGCGGUGAAGGCUCGACGAACACUGGACCGUUUCGUAGCGAGCAAAAAUGAAGACACGAGGUACAGACAGCUAACCGUUCAGAGAGCUAAACGAGCGUACAAAGUGAAUCGUUGCGUGAGCGGGGGCGGUAGCCGCGGAAACGGCGCGACUGGUGGUACCGGAGGCGGUGGAGGAGGAGGAGGAGGUGGGGGAGGAGGAGGAGGAGGAGCAGGAAUCGACGGUGGCACGGUGCCUGCUGCACCACCGACCACCGGCCAUCACCACCACUACCAUCACCACCAUCACCAUCACCAUCAUCUCACCAGCACGACAACAACCACCACCACGACGACCACCACCACCACCACCGGCGGCACCAGGCACCACAGGCACAGGCUGCCGGCGGGCAAGCAGUGCACCGAACACCGACACCACCCGCAUCAUCACCGGCAUCACCCACACCAUCGCUCCCAUCAUCGGGGCAUGAACAUGGGCCAAAAGAUUUCAGGCGGCGUGAAGAGCGUGACGCGCGAGAGCGGAGCUGGAACGGGCAACGGGAUUGGUGUUGGUGGUGGCGGCGCAGUGGCGUACAAACCAGUUGUACCUCGAGAGUUGGCACAAGACUUGUCGAGGCCAGCUCGUCUCGAUGUUCUCCUCGAUAUGCCGCCCGCAUCGCGGGAAAUUCAAGUUAAUCAUAGCUGGAAUGCCGACGAUCGCAGUCUCAACAUUUUUGUUAAGGACGACGACAAGCUGACGUUCCACCGGCACCCCGUAGCACAGAGCACCGAUUGCAUACGAGGGAAGAUUGGUUAUACGAAGGGUAUGCACGUGUGGGAGCUUUAUUGGAGCACGAGGCAACGUGGUACACACGCUGUGGUCGGUGUUGCAACCGCAGACGCACCCCUUCAUAGCGUUGGCUAUCAGAGCCUCGUUGGUAACAAUGAUCUCAGUUGGGGAUGGGAUCUCGGUAGAAAUAAACUCUAUCAUGACUCCAAGAACAAUGUCGGUAUUACUUAUCCGGCUCUACUUAAACCAGACGAAACUUUCAUUGUGCCCGAUAAAUUUUUGGUCGUACUUGAUAUGGACGAGGGCACGUUAGCAUUCGUAGUAGAUGGACAGUAUCUUGGAACCGCGUUCAGAGGUCUUAAAGGAAGGAAAUUGCAUCCAAUAGUGUCAGCUGUAUGGGGACACUGCGAGAUUACGAUGAAAUAUAUCGGUGGUCUUGAUCCGGAGCCUUUACCUUUGAUGGAUCUUUGUCGAAGAGUUAUCAGACAACGGAUUAACAAGCAUAGACUCGAGGAAAAGAUAAACGAAUUAAAUCUGCCUCAAGCGAUGAAGACUUAUCUCCUUUACCGUGACAGGAGGUAACCACCGAGUGGUGCAUUAAAAGAAGAAGCGAUCAUAAGUAAGGUCGCGAAUGUCAGCAGUUUGCGACAUCGUUGCUACCUAGACGACGCACAGAAGUGGGCUAAUAUAGUCUCUUGCUACUACUCUCGCACACGCCAAGGAACGCACUACCAACAGCAACAACAACAACAACUACAACUACUGCAACAACAACGUCAGCAGCAGCAGCAGCAGCAACAGCAGCCGCAGAAUUGUAAUUUCUACUUGAAUCAACAACAUCAACAAAACGAUGGUCAUCCAUCCGUAUCCCUGUUCUUGAAACGUUUGAUGAUUAGUAGACUGAACCGUUUGAUACGACGGCAAAGCGUGGACGGUCAAAGAAGACGAAUGUCCAGCGAAGGGCUAGCCUUAGGGUACCAGGGCUCAUGGUAUCAACAUUGUUCCUAUGAAAACGGAACAACGUCAUCGUCGUCGUCUUCGUCGUUGGAGUCAUUUUCAAAUACUCCACCAUAUUCGACCUCGUCUUCUUCUUCUUCUUAUUCCUCCUCACCGUCGUUAGAUUCUUCCUACUCGUCGUCCUACUCGUCGUCCUACUCGUCGUCUUCGUUUAACUCUUCCACUUUCUCGUCACGAUAGGAAUGAUGACGAUGAUUAAUGAUGAUAAUGAUGAUGAUGAUGAUGAUGAUGAUGAUGAUGAUGAUGAUGAUGAUGAUGAUGAUGAUGAUGAUGAUGAUGAUGAUGAUGAUAAUGAUAGUGAUAAUGAUAAACAUAAAGAUUACUGAUGAUGAUAAUGAUGAUGUUGAUAACGAUUACCCGAAAUAUGUGACGUUAAUGAUUACGAUGAUACUAAUUAUGAUAAUGAUGAUUUUGAUGAUGAUUUUAAUGAUGAUUAUGAUGACAAUCGCAUUGGGCACUAAUAUUUAAUUAAUUAUUACAAAGGACAAUUUUUAGUCGAUUAUUUAGGUGUGAUAUUGUUGUUUUUAUGUUGUCGUGGUACGAUUUUAAUCGUUUAGACUUUAUUGAUUGUUAUAAUGGAUUAUUUAGACAAAUAAAAAAUUACCCCUCAUUAAAAGAUAAUAAAAACGCGCUCGAAGGUACAGUUGAAAUUAGAAUGAUUACCAUUUUGCAAUGGAAUUUUUCUUUUCAUUCGACAUGUUAUCUGUCUUUCUCUGCUAUUGCACUUAACGACUGUGGCAUGCGUUUUUAUAUAAUAUUAUUAUUAUUAUUAUUAUUAUUAUUAUUAUUAUAUUUUAUCUUGUUUU